UCGUAUAAUUUGACACUUUAUUCUGGGGGUUCCUGCUUAUCUAAUAAACUGUAUACUAACUCACUACAUCCAGUACAUACCCAAGACCAAGUGAAACCUUACUGUUUACCUAGUCUGUAUUAUGUUUAACGUUAAUGACGACUUAGACGGAACCUUCGCCUUUCUUUGUGACAGUGAAGGCAGUAGUAGCGAUGGACGGACUUGGCAAGAGUAAUCCAUUUACGCCAUAGGGGCACGAAUUGGCCACCGACGCAAUUGGUUGAAUGCUAUCUAUAUGUACCCUCAACUGCCCUCACACGUAAGGAUCAACGGAGCUUAGAGUUUGCUUGGCAGUCAGAGGGAAUUGGAAUUAUUAGCAUCACCGCCUCCAAACCCUGUAACCUACUCCAUCAUUCAAUCCUACAUAUAAAACCUUCCUUGUUCCUCGCUUAUUCCUGUUUCUUUCAGCUUUCUCAGAAUCGAAGAUUAUCAACCCUCAGCUGAAUAUACCUAAUUCCAUCUAUACCGGCGACAGCAGCGCCUGUAAUUUCAGCUUCCUACCCCAAUACUCAUCGAAACUUGUAACAAAUACGCGAACCUCUGAUGAAGCUUUCACAUCUUAUCCUCGGCUUUGCGGCCUUCGGCCAAGGCAUUAGCGCCGCCGCGAUUCACGACGCGCAGGAUGGCGCGUUAGUCGCACGAUCGCCAGAGUCGCAAAAUCCGGAUCAGUCAACAAAUAACGAAGAGUUAUGGAAGCGCAAGGGCGGCGGAGGUAGUGGUGGCAGAGGCGGUAGUGGCUCUUCCGGAGGCUCGUCCAGUGGUUCUUCCGGCUCAUCCGGAGGAAGGGGAAGCAGCGGCAGUACCAGCGGUGGCCGUGGAUCGUCGUCAUCCAACACCGGAGGAUCAACGACAACUGGAAGCGGCGUGCGCCCAGGUUAUGGCGGCGGUACUUACUAUGGUGGAGGCGCAAAGCAGCCGUACAGAUCCGGUACUACGAGCCCGUCGGGUAUCGUGCCCUUCGUAUUAGCCGGCACCGCGCUCGGGACCCUGGGCUUCAUCGGCGCGACCUGGGCCUACGGCGCGUACGUGUACCCGUACACGCACCACUACUACUACCACAAUACGACGAACAACCAGAACGAAACCAAGCCCGUGACGUGUCUGUGCGAUUACUACGAGGUAUGCGGUUGUGAUGACAAUGGAAACCAGACAUACUUCAACUCGGUGAUCGGGGAUGGAAGCUAUGCAGGUCUGAACAGGUCCUUGGUUACGGUGGCGGAUAAUACUACUACAAACGAGUCCACUAUUUACAUCAAGGGCUCUCUACCUAACGGAACGACGUCAUCGGGUGGUACUGAAAGUCCGAAUGCUGCCGGUGGCGAUUUAGUCACUCUGGCGCGAGCAGUGGGCUGGUGGCCAGUCGUGACGACGGCGAUAGCUAUCGCUUUCAUCUAAUAAAUGACAUCGGCCUGGACGUGAUGUUUUUUGGGUGGAUCAUAUUGAUUUGUAUAUACAAUUGGCUUUUGGAAUGACGCGAACUCAAAAGACAAGAACUGCGGCGACGCAUUCGUGAGUUUUACGAUGGAGAUACCAUUGGCGUUCUGGUUUUUGAAGGGCAGGAGCAAACAGGAGGAAAGGUAGAUUCAGUGCCUAUGCUGCCACUUGCUACAUCGUUGAAUAUCCCUUUGGAAUUGGCAGGACGAAAGAAGCUUCCACCGAGUACUCUGAAUUAUAAUAAAAA